AUGGAACAUCAAGUGGGUGACCGUGUCCAGAGUCAAGACGGUUUCCGAGCGACUGUCCAGUACGUGGGAACUGUCAAGGGAGCCAACCCCGAGGACGGCUGGGUCGGCCUGGAGUGGGACGCUGAAGGUAGGGGGAAGCACGAUGGCAACUACAAGGGGACUAGAUACUUCGAAUGCGUGGAUGGCUUCGGGUCCUUCGUUCGCCCUGACACGGUUUUGGCGAGUCCCCUCAGCUUCCAGGAAGCUUUCAUCUUGAAGUACGCGAGCGAGGAUGCGGCUGGAGCUGAGGAGAAGAUGGACUUCAGGUCUGCAGAGAAGGGAAAGGCUGCAAUCGUCUGCGAGUUUGUGGGGAAAGAGCGUGAGCUGCAAAGGAUGCAGAAGACCUCUAAGCUGGAACAUGUCACGCUGAUCGGUGCAAGGGUGCGCUCCGUCGGCGAUCCAGCAUGGCUGAAGGAAAACGCCUCGGGGGUGAAAGUCCUGAUCUUGGAUGACAACCUGUUCUCGUCCUGGGCGACAGUCCUUGAGCUUCUAGCCCACCUGCCCCAGCUGCAGGUGCUUUCUUUGAAUGGCAACAGGAUGCAGCCGCCCGAUGCGGCAAUCUCCAAGAUGUUCGACACUUCUUCCAAUUUCCAGUCGCUGACGGAACUGGCUUUGAAGACCACCAGGGUGGAUUUUGAUCAGUUAGACAGUUUAAUGCACGCGAUUCCAACUCUGAAGAACUUGAGAAUAGCGAACAACAACAUCACAAAGGUUUCCUCCAAGGAAUCUCGGAGGAAUUUCGACAGAUGGCCAAAAUUGGAGCUCCUGGAUCUCAGCGACAACAAGAUUGAGGACUGGAAUGAAGUGCUACACCUCUCUGAAUUUCGACAGCUCCAGCAUCUCCUCCUGAAUGGAAAUCAGUUGAAGGAGGUCUUCUUCGACAGGACUGAGAACUACGUCGAUUUCCCUGAGUUGAGGACUCUAGCGGUGGCAAACAAUCAGAUCGGGUCCAUGCAGAGCAUCUUUGAGAUCAAGAAGCUCGCCAACAUCAUCGACCUCAAGUUCCAAGGGAACCCUCUAGCGCAGGAGCACGGCAUCGUCGCCAUGCGCAGCAUUCUGAUCGCCGUCAUCCCUGGCUUGACUUCUGUGAAUGGCAGCGAGGUCCGCAGCAGAGACAAGUUGGAGAGCGAGAAGUGCUACAUCUCAACGUGCGUCAAGCACGCGGAUGGGCGGAGUGUCGAGGAGAUCGCAGCUUCAGACCCCACGUUUGCUGCCCUGAUCAAGAAACAUGGAGCCCCAGUCAUUCAGGACGCGACCGCGCGAUCCAACAGCUCGACCAUGCUGACUGUGACGCUCAAGUCCAUGGCCUCGGACUCGUGCAGCAAAGCCCCCGUCACUCGAAAGCUACCAGCCUCCAUGACGGUUGCGAACCUGAAGCGAAUGUGCCAACAGCUCUUCAAGCUCGACGUGUCGAAACAGAGUUUAUACGUGAAGUCGAAAGAGGAGAUCGAUGCAUGGACUGCUGAUUGCAUGGAUGACGACAUGAAACCGAUAUCAUUCUACAUAACACAAGAAGAGUGUGAUGUGCUGAUGCAGGAAAUUGACGCCGCUCUGUCCAAUAGCUGA